AUGGAUGAUGUCCCAGAAGCCAUAUCAGAAGCUAAGGAUCCCCUACGAUUGGCUUUGCUCAAAGAAAUCAGUCUGAUCAGUGAGACUCGCUACGUUGAUCCUUCUUUGCAUGCUAUCCUCUGGUUGUCAGACCUAGACUACCUGAAAUCGAUCGUUGAUGGUGCCCGCGAGAGGCCUUGGACUAGCAGUCUGCAUCUCCUGGGGCACCAAAUGUGGAUCUUCAAUCAGAAACUGCGUAGGUCACAGUUAUAUAUACUUUGUAAUAUGCUCGACGCGCUCACUGAUACUGUCCAGGGACCACCCACCCAACGCACCCAGAGCAAACCUCCCCUCAAGCACCAGGGACAUCUACCACCGGGAGAUCAAGAUAUUGGUGGAUCAGCACUUCUACUCCUCCAAAGUAUCCUCCCUGUCGGACAUCUUCAGGGGCGCCUGAGUAUCGGCCCUCUGGCGUGA